UUCAGUCUUAUAAAGCUACCCAGUAACGCCAGUUGUAGAUUCCCUGGACAGAUCACUCACCAAUUCAUAACCUCCUUGGCCGGUCAAAUUCCGUAAAUAAGACCCGUGAUUUGUACAUGGAGGCGAAGAAUAACACUCGUGAUAACAGUGGAUAUUAUUAUCAAGAGGAAAUACUGGCCGGACUCACCACAGGAGACGUAUAAAAUACCCUACUUAUCAAGACCAUACUUUCACCACGUUCUGUUUUCUACUAAUCCAUUGCAUCACACCUUCCGUACAUGUCCGCAUUUCAUCUUUACAAAUACUUCUAUCAACACUACAAAUCCUAUUGUUUGAGCUACAACACAUAACUCCCACAAAUAUUACGUACCCCAUAGUUCUAAACACUUAAAUGCACUUCAUAUUUACACUUGUACUUAAACCCUGAGAGUUUCAGCACCUCUUACUACCGCAUAGCGAAUGUUCAUCAUACCAGCAUCCACUACCCAGCCAGAUGACGGCCUUCCAGCAGCAUGGGCAUCGAGAGAGGUGGAUGAAGAGGAGGCACAGAGAGAUGUGGUAGCCGGCCCAAGAACAGUGCUGAGACUCAUGGCAAGCAUAUCACUGGGCCUGGACGUGGUAGGCGCAGGGAUUCAAGGGUCAGUGUUGGAGAGAGAAGAGCGGAGUUUCUACCGCUGUCUCCUCAAGGCCGAAGGUGUAGUCGUGGGAAGUCGAUGGAACGCCUCGCCGACCACAGUGCCGCUGCCCACCUGCUAUGCACACGAUAUUCGAUUCGUGAGGAUCUGCACGGGCGCGGGUACGGUGGCGUUGGUGUGUCAUGUCAUCGCCGUCCUCCUGUUGCUAAUUGCUCUUGCUAUUGGGCGGCGUCGGUUCAGCUUCCCCUGGGUGGGCUGGAGCCUGCUGGUAGCGCUGCAGGAGGUGAUACUCAUCGGGACGUGUUGGUCCCUCUUGUUCUCGGCUGAACUGGCUCUCUUUGGCUGCCACGCCCUCAUGCUGGCGACGAGCGUGGUCCUCGCAAUGCCCUUCCUGCAGAGUUCGUGAGUGAAUUAGCAAGAGCCAACACAAGGACGCUCCUCCUAGCUACUAGUCAAUGGGGAGGAGUAGAAUGCAAAUGUUUACGUUAGAGGGCCAAGGGGGAAGCCGUCUAUAGUCCGUUUGCAUGAGGCCUAUCUGCUUAGCCGUACCGCACACGAGAGGGGUCGCCAUCUUGCCUGACAAAGGGAAGAACAUAAUACGAGAGAUAACUUGCACUUUUGAUUAGUGUUGUCGUUGUUUUGGUUGCUAAUGGUAAAUAUCAUCGUAGGGGCCGGUUAUGUGUUCGUUUUAUUUAUAUUACGAUUGUUGUACUACGUAGUGAGAAACAAGAAUGAACGAGUUAUAUUUCAGCAGUUUUCUUGUUUAGGUAAUCAGUUCGAAUGUCAUUGAAACAAAUAUAACUGAGUGGGGCCACAUUUCAGUAAUUUCUUCCCUUAGUAAGUAAUGUCAUUGUUGAAGUUCCAAAUCACGACAAAGGAGCGUUUAACUUCCCAAAUACGCUUUCUCCUUUGUACCUAGUCUUUGUGGUGAAACUUGAUCCAAAUUUUGGAAUAUUGUCCAUGAGAGACUGGUACUUUUUCAACUCCACCCACAGACGCAUGAAGACAUCGUCAGUUUGUUGAGGCGUAAUUCAUAUAAAACUACAUCCGGGAAGGAACAGUAGGGCAAUGGUUCUCAAACUUUUCUGGGUGCGACCCUUACAAGAUUCGCGACCCAUUUGCCCGGCAACAAAGCAUUUCUGACAGUCACUAUAACGCUUUUCCCUGUCUCCGUGUAUCUGCUUGACUGUCAGUGUAUUUAUGUAU